UUAUUUCUUUGAGUCAUAUUUGUUGCACAUGCUUUUCUUAGCCACUACGCGACUUUCGGCAGACGGAGGCCCUAGGUUCUGGUUUUCUCAAAUGACAUAACCCAUCGAUCGUUCUAGGACAUGUUUGGACACGCGUUUACUUCACCCCUACCCUUUGCUAUUUGGGUCGCCGCUUCGCACUCCAAGCGGAUAGACGACCUCCUCCUCUCUUAUAUUUGGGAAACUCCUCUGCUAUUCUUGACAUUCGUCCAGCACAAAGUUGUCGCAUAUAGUGCUCGGACGACGAAAUUACAGAUGCAAGUGAGCCCCCGGCACGAUAUUCGAUCUUCUCAGGCCUCGACAGUUACUCCUCGCGUGCUCGUGAUUGUCGACAACAACCCCUUCGUUUCAUGUGCUGCAUUCUCCAGUCCUGCGCUGGAAUGGAGGACGGAGCACAAAUGGCUUUGGCGUUGGACAUCGAGCAGGCGCAUUGAGCACUCGCAACAGGGAUCCGGUCCCCUGUUGGUAAAUUCAAUGUUGUUUAUCUCGUGCGUUAUGACUGUACGGCGCUGCAUCUCUUUCUGGGCCGGUCGAUCGGCCAUGAGCGCUCCGAGAAUGGCGCAGUCAAACUUGCAUUCGUGUUUCAAGCGAGUGUGAUCCGAUAUCUCGAAUUAGGGGGCAAGAAGAAUCGUGUUUGACAGGUUGCACGCCAAUAUUCCGCUUGAAGCAUGUUUUCCCCGCCCUGCUACCCAUGUCAGAACUGCUGAUGUGUUCAGCAGCAUCUUCCUGCCCAAUCCCUCGUCGACACCCGGCCUCGGUUCUGCAUGUCGUCGCUGCUAUGCCGGCAGGUGCUUCCCAGCGAGAACGUUCUCCAGUUUCAUCACGGUACGGUCUGUGUGCACUAUGCGCGCGGUGGGCGCGCGCACAGUGCCCCGAGGCAGAUAUGAAGAAGCUGCAAUGCACUGAAGAUCUGACUUUCAGUAUUCGCUCCAGGACUCAGGCAGGCGUCCUGUGAUUCUCCUGCCCUCACAAUCGACCCCCGCCUGCCUCCUGACAACGAAUGCCACCGCAUUUCUCAUCCGCUCUCUCGCCUCCAGUGAAAAGAAUGUGGCAAGCAGUCUUCCGAUCACUCAGCAGGAACUGGGCCGAGGACGAAGACAUCCAGGCGACUGAAACGGUCCAUGGCGAGAGGGGCCCGAUGUUAAAGUAAUAAGUGAUGGAGCUCGUCAAUCAUUACGGAGCUGGAGACGGGGCUGCACCGAUGUAUACAAUGAUAUAUCGAAUUCGCAUUGGACACAAUGGGACAAGGCGAGGGCACUGGUGCACUGUCACGGCAAACUGUUGAAGAUCUCGAGCGGAUUCGGGACUGCAGUUCCGCAACAGGUCCUGGAACUUUGGAAUGUUUGACAGAACGGGGGGGACUUGACCUCACCGUUAGAAAAGAAUGAAUUUCGAAGGCCGCGAGUUUCAACGUCGAAGAUCCGGUGGCAGGCGUGGAAAGUUACACGACAAAGGGGCAAGGAUCGGACAUUCUCCUUGCCGUGUUCCCCCGCGCUUCGCAUCCUUUCUCCUUGCGCCCGUCCUUACGCCUCCAUCGCUCGGUUCCCGCCCCAGCUCUCGAAGGCAGGACAGGGUCCGCAGUCCACAGUCGCGUCUUUGUCGGCGACCUGCCUUCGGCAGUUCGCCCCCGCCCUUCGCAUUGGCUCGCGGGCCGUGUCCCUCUUGAGUCGCAUCACGGCAGGACAGCUAGACACAACUGACGGCUGGACCGGGUCCCGCGACGUCUGCUGCUGUAUGGUUCCGGGAAGUUCUUGCUGGAGCCUCACGUGAUUUCAGCUCUGGCCCGAACCCGCAAUUUCGGAUAGUCACCACUGUCCGACAGGACAGUGCUGACUAUGGACUCGACCAAUACCGAGCUCGUGCCACACUGCCUCCAGCCGCUCAUUCGUCGGUUUUGGCCUACGUUCUUGUACGAAGUUGGAACCGGGAUUCUAGGGCAGCCAAAUGUCAAUGAGAGGUCAAGAGGGCUCGUGAGAGCAGAAUAUUAUCACAACCGGUAUGGCAGUACCCCAUCAAGUCUUACAUGGACGCAAACCAAUCCGGUCAUAAGGGGCUAGGACCCAGCGGCAUCAAAAUGCUAAAGUACUAUAUUAUGUACUAUAGAUAUCCAAACUAUCUAAGUGAAAGAUCUUCCACAUGUUGCUGCAAGAGUGAUUGGCCGUUCACAUGGUGCUGCAAGUGAGAGGAUAUAACAAGUAACAUAACAAACAAAGUCUUCAUCAAGAGGUAUAUUGAUGAUUUCCAUUGGGUAAGAUGAUGCUAGGCCCCAUCUUACUCAUUAUGAAUACAGAAGUGUCCUGUUGCCACUAGGUCAAAAUGUCUACAUGCUCCAAAAGCAUCAUAUGAGACACCACAUCUUGUGAUUGCUCUUCCAUGAAUCACAAAUAUUCUCUUUGCAA